AUGGGUCUCUCGCUUUCCUCGCUGUUCACAUCGUUGACCUCACUGGUCCGCUGGAGCAAAGAUCAAGAUGUCCGGAUACUGAUGCUGGGGCUGGAUUCCGCCGGCAAAACUACAAUAUUGUACAGGCUACAGAUAGGAGAAGUCGUUUCGACGAUUCCAACCAUUGGCUUCAAUGUUGAAACAGUGCAGUAUAAGAACAUCAAAUUCCAGGUAUGGGAUCUAGGGGGCCAAUCUAGCAUUCGACCAUAUUGGCGCUGUUACUUCCCAAACACUGCUGCCAUUAUCUACGUGAUUGACUCUUCCGACACCGCACGGUUACCAACAUCACGGAGCGAGCUGCUUACCAUGCUGUCGGAGGACGAACUUGCCGGCGUACCUCUCCUCGUGUUCUGUAACAAGCAAGACGUCGAGGGCGCGCUGAAGCCGGAGGAAAUAAGUGAGCAGCUGGGGCUUGCUGGAGGCGAGAAGGAGCGUCAGUGGAGCGUGCGGGGGAGCUGUGCAACUAAGGGGGAGGGUCUUGAGGAUGGCCUCGACUGGCUAGUCAAUGCCAUACAGAAGAAAUAA